AGUGCGCGCAUUAUUAUUAUUAUUGUUUAUUGUUUUUUUCGUCUCUCUCUCUCUCUCUCUUCAAUGGGCGAGGACGGUCACUCGCACAGAAAAGAAUAAAAAGGAAAAGGGAGGAAAAUAGGAGAGAGAGAGAGAGAUCGAAGGUUUACUCCGCGACGUCAAUGGCUGUUAGGGUUUCCUAUUGAUCCAUGUACUCCAGUCUCUUACUUUUCAUUUGUCCUCUCAUUAAUUUCUCUCCUUCUCGUAAAACCCUAAUUUUACGUCCUCAAAGCUAAUUUUGCUACAAUUAACAUCAUUGGGGCGGGGUUUUGCGGCUUCCAGUUUGGGUCGUUAAGCGAGGAGCUGACAUGGGUGCGCAAGAGAAAUCGCAAGCGAACUCCAAUUCAAUGCAGCGGGUGAAGGUCUACCGUCUAAAUGAAGAUGGCAAAUGGGAUGACCAAGGGACUGGGCAUGUUACUGUUGACUAUUUGGAGAGAUCAGAAGAGCUGGGCUUGCUUGUUAUUGAUGAAGAAGACAAUGAAACACUACUUCUGCAUCGUAUCAUACCAGAUGACAUUUACAGAAAACAAGAAGAGACAAUAAUCUCAUGGAGAGAUCCAGAAUAUUCUACGGAUUUAGCAUUAAGCUUUCAGGAGACAACAGGGUGUUCUUAUAUAUGGGAUCAUAUCUGUAAUGCACAAAGAAAUCUGCAGUUUAGUAAUCUUAACAAUGAGACAUUUCACAGCAUAAAUAGCGAUUUAAGGGACUUGCCUGCUGUUGAACUUUCUGCACUUCCUUUGAUACUUAAGACUGUGUCUGAGAGUGGAAUUGCUGAGCAGAUGAGAUUGACAGAACUUAUAUUGAAUGAUCAAGAUUUCUUCCGCAAGCUGAUGGACCUUUUUAGAAUCUGUGAAGAUCUGGAAAACCUUGAUGGUCUUCACAUGAUAUUCAAAAUAGUUAAAGGAAUUAUUUUGCUUAAUAGUCCUCAAAUCUUUGAGAAAAUUUUUGCGGACGAGUUGAUCAUGGAUAUUAUUGGUUCGCUUGAGUAUGACCCAGAGGUUUCUCACGCUCAACAUCAUCGAGAUUUUCUGAAAGAGCAUGUUGUUUUCAAGGAGGCCAUACCAAUUAAAGAUCCUAUCGUCCUAUCAAAAAUACACCAGACAUAUAGAGUUCGCUAUUUGAAGGAUGUUGUUUUGGCUAGAGUCUUGUAUGAGGCUACAGUUGCAAAUCUCAACUCUAUAAUUCAUGCCAAUAAUGCCGUAAUUGUUUCUUCGUUAAAGGAUGACAGUAACUUUAUAAAGGAAGUAUUUGCGAGGUUGAGAUCCCCAAAUACAUCUGCAGAAUCAAAGAAAGAUCUGGUAUAUUUCCUGCAUGAGUUUUGUAGUUUAAGCAAGAGCUUGCAGAUGGUCCAUCAACUCCGGCUGUUUAGGGAUCUGAUGAAUGAAGGUAUUUUUGACAUCAUGAUGGAAGCUUUCGAGAAUCAAGACAAGAAACUUGUAUUAACUGGGACAGAUAUCCUUAUUCUUUUCUUGAAUCAGGAUUCAAAUCUUCUGCGCUCCUAUGUUGUUAGGCAGGAAGGAAUUCCACUUCUAGGACUGUUGGUUAAAGGUAUGAUAACAGAUUUUGGGGAGGACAUGCACUGCCAGUUUCUUGAAAUUCUCCGUAGUUUACUGGACUCCUAUACAUUAUCAGGAGCACAUGCCCAGAGAGAUAAUAUUAUUGAGAUCUUCUAUGAGAAUCAUUUAGGCCAAUUAAUUGAUGUUAUAACAGCAUCAUGUCCAGUUGAAGUCAUUACUCAAUCAAGUGGUAAAUCUUCAGGAUCUGGUGGAAGAGAUGAAAAUCAGAAUAGCGUGAAGCCAGAAAUACUCUCAAAUAUUUGCGAAUUGUUAUGCUUCUGUGUUCUGCACCAUCCUUAUAUGAUAAAGUGUAACUUUCUCCUUAAUAACGUUAUAGAUAAAGUUCUCACGCUAACUCGAAGAAGGGAAAAAUACCUUGUUGUUGCUGCUGUUCGAUUUGUUCGCACUAUUCUUUCUCGCCAUGAUGAGCAUCUGAUAAGUCAUUUUGUGAAGCACAACCUUCUCAAACCAAUCAUAGAUGCCUUCAUUGGCAAUGGCAACCGCUACAAUCUGCUGCACUCUGCUUGUUUAGAGCUUUUUGAGUAUAUCCGCAAGGAAAACCUGAAAUUAUUGAUCAAGUAUGUAGUUGAUUCAUUUUGGAAUGAGUUGGUCAAAUUUGAGCAUUUGGCUUCCAUUCAGUCUUUUAAAGUUAAAUAUGAGCAGUGCCUAGAGCAUUGUGCAACAAAAAAUGGUGGCAGCACAUUUGAUUCACGAAAACGAAUUGAUGAGCGUGCUCUAGAAAAAGAAGAGGAGGAAUACUUCAAUGAGGACAGUGAUGAAGAAGAUACAGCAUCCGCAUCACAUGCCAAAAAAGUUCAGCCUCAACCUGUGCUAGCAAAUGGUGUAUCUGCAAGCUAUCCAUCACUAAGUUCAAGGUCUGGUGGACUGGUUGAUUAUGAUGAUGAGGAUGAUGAAGACUAUAGACCACCACCUAAGAAACAGCUGGAAACUUUAGAAGACGACGAAGGAACUAUGGAGUCCCUCAAGUUGAAGCGCAAAUUGCCUUCUAGGGAAAAGGAAGCUGAACAAACAAAGAAGCAGCGAUUAGGUAAACCGUUAAAAUCAAGAGAUAGUGUAUUUGCAUCUUUGUGUUCAACCCUGAGCCAGGCAGUGCUACCCAGUAAGAAAGCUGCAGGCUCUGUGCACUCAGCACCUCGUACAACCAGCACAAACAAGGGCUUAAAUGAAGAAAAUCGUCGAGAGAAGGAACCAGCCAUUUCUAGAAGCUGUUGUAAUAAUAGCAGCCACUCAGGAGACGAGAACAUUAGGGAGAAGGAAUCUGCUGCUGCUAGAAACUGUUGUGAUUGCUUGCAGAGCACAUCAGAAAACAGACAAUUGAGUGUAGAGGAUGGCCUGUUAAUAGCGCAAAACUCCUCGCCAGAAAUGGCUGUUAAUGGAUCGUGAGUGAUCUUUCAGAAUCAUGUUACAGUAGUUGAAUUGUUUGCUUGGCUGUUCUAUUCGAACCGUGGAUGUCACAAGGAACAGCAUACCUAGAAAGGAAUGAACCAAGGAAUGGCGGGUGAAUUCGGUUUAUAGCUUCGAGUUGAUGGUAGGAGAGUAUACUGUAUAGUGCCACCAAGGGUAAGGUGGAAAUACUUCAUAAUAUGGGGGCAGUGUAUCCCUUGACUAGGUUUUCUGAUGUUGAGCCGAGCAAUUGUUGCUUUUGUAGAACAAACCGUUAGCAUUAAUUUUUCUGAUCUCUCUUUUUUUAACAAUUUAUUGUCUUUCAUUUUCUUUUUAUCUGUCUUCUUAUAUCUCCCUUCAUGUUAGGUCCUGUUUAGGAGUGUGAACUGUGAGGAAAGGGCAUCAAUACGUGCCCUACAUAGGUACUUUUGUCGUUCAGUUUUGUUUUGGGGUGCUGGGUGUAAUAGGGAGGAAGGUUGUAGUGAGAUGGUCAGAGGCCAUAACUUCCUCAAAUUGUAGUAACAAGUCUCAUUAUAGACCGAUGUAAAUUACAACUCCAACUGGCUGUUGCAUAAUUUUGAUAGUCUAAAAAAUUGUUUCCAUUAUUAUUAUUAUUA